CUCUCCUACACUAGGGGGCGACGGUUGUCAUUUCAGCGUGUUUAGCCGUAGAAGAAGAGAACGCUACAUGCUAGUAAGCUAGCGCUAGUCCCAACGCACAACUUCUCUACAAGAUAGUGUCCGGAGAUCCCCAGGCCCACUUCCUCGUAUCCAAAGAGGGCGUCCUCCGGACCCGCAAGGCCUUGGACCGAGAGACGCAGUCCUUUUACAACCUGAUGGUCACCGUCAACGACCUGGCUCCGCCCCCGGCGACCCGCUUCACCAGCACCGCCCAGGUGUCGGUCAUCCUCCUGGACGUCAACGACUGCUCGCCCACGUUCACCUCCCAGAAGAGGACGUACAUCCAGGAGAACACGGCGGUGGACACGGUGGUCUUCACGGCGCAGGCCACGGACGCCGACAGCGGGCCCAACAGCUACGUGGAGUACUCGCUCCGAGGGCCCUUGGGUAACAAGUUCAGCAUCGGUAACAUCGACGGCGACGUCCGGCUGAUGGGAGAACUGGACCGAGAGGAGCAGUCCAACUACACCCUGACGGUGGUGGCGAGCGAUAAAGGCACGCCGCCUCUGUCGUCCACCAUGGACGUCACCAUGCUGGUGCUGGACGUCAACGACAACACGCCGGGCUUCUCGCAGAACAUUUACGACACGGAGAUCCAGGAGGACACCCUGACCGGGACCGACAUCCUCCAGCUGUCUGCCAGCGACGCGGACGAAGGCACCAACGGACAGAUCCGCUUCUCCGUCUCGGAGGGGAACGCCAACGGAGACUUCAGGGUGGACUCGGUCACGGGGAUGGUCUCGGUGGCCAAGCAGCUGGACCGCGAGGCCCGGGCGUCGUACUCGCUGACCGUCCAAGCUUCGGACCGCGGGAGCAGUCCCAGAGUGGACCGGGCGACAGUCAACAUCGUGGUGCUGGACGUCAACGACUGCCCGCCCACGUUUGAGCUCUCUCCUUACGCCGUCAACGUCCAGGAGAACCUGGAGGAGCUACCAAGAAGCAUCCUGCAGGUGGUUGCUAGGGACGACGACCAAGGGGCCAACGGUCAGCUCAGCUACAUGCUCAGCGGCGGCAACGAGGACGGCGCCUUCAGCUUGUCGUCCGGCGGUCAGCUGGAUCUGACCCAGACUCUGGACCGCGAGGCCCGAGGGAAAUACGUCCUGCUGAUCACGGCCAGCGACUCUGGUUCUCCUCCUUUGAGCGGGACAGGGAGGGUGACGGUGCUGGUGGAGGACAUGAACGACAACAUCCCGCUCUUCUCCUCCUCCUCCUUCCACACCACCAUCGCCGAGGACGCGCCCACCGGCACGGAUGUGAUGCUGGUCAACACUUCUGACGCCGACGUGGGCCUCAACGCGGUCAUCAGCUACAGUUUGAGCGGCGGCCACGGCCAGUUCUCCAUCAACCCAGCGACCGGACAGAUUAUCACCAGCUCCCUGCUGGACCGCGAAGAGCGAGCCAAUUACCAGCUGCUAGUGGUGGCGACAGACGGAGGGCAGCCGCAGGGCUUGUCCAGCUCAGCCACCGUGUCCGUGACGGUGGCCGACAUCAACGACAACCCGCCGCGCUUCCACCACCACCCCUAUGUCACGCACAUACCCGCCUCCACUGCGGCAGGGUCUUUGGUGUUUGCUGUUACCGUCACCGAUGAAGACUCCGGCGCCAACGCCCAGCUGCACUACUCCCUGCUCGGGCGCAACUUUGACAAGUUCAAGAUCGACCCCGUGCGAGGUGCCAUCACUGCCAACGACAAGCUGACGGGGACCUCGGAGGUCACCCUUACGGUCCGCGUUAAAGACGGCGGAGCCAACCCUAAAACCGACACAACCACUGUGACCGUACGCUUUGUCAACGGAGGCAACUUUCCCGUCAUCAAGCUGAAGGAGCGCGCCUUCACCUUCCCUGAGAGCCAGCCCACCAACCACCAUGUCACCACCGUGACCGGGUCUUCCAGGAGGGGCGGGCCGCUGUCCUACUACAUUGCCAGCGGCAACCUGGACAACGCCUUUCACAUUGACCAGCUUUCGGGCGAGUUGAUCAUCCGACAUCCGCUGGAUUACGAACACAUCCAGAAGUACGUGCUGUGGAUCGAGGCCAGAGAUCAAGGCUUUCCCCCUUAUUCUUCUUAUGAGCGAGUGGACGUCACCGUGCUGGACGUCAAUGACAAUCACCCGGUGUUUGACAAGGAUCCCUUCCAUGCUGACAUACUAGAGAACCUGUCCCCGCAGCGGGUUCUCAUGGUCUCUGCCGUGGAUCUCGAUGACGGACCUAACGGGCAACUGGAGUACGCCAUCAUGGAUGGCAACAAGGAGAACAGCUUCAGCAUUAGUCGAGCCACUGGUGAAAUACGAAGCACCAGGCCUCUUGAUCGUGAGAAGGUGGCCCAGUACACUUUGAAAGUCAAAGCCACCGACAGAGGGUUGCCGUCUAAAAACUCAGCUGUCAAAGUGCUUAUAAGUGUUCUUGAUGUAAACGACAAUGCGCCCAGGUUUUCUAAGAUAUUCAGCGCUACUGUGGCUGAGAACGCACCCGUGGGUUAUACUGUCACCAGAGUCACCACCACAGAUGAGGAUGCCGGCGCUAACGCUAUUAGUCGCUACUCCAUCACAGACACCAGCCUUCCGUUCAGCAUCAACGCAAACACGGGUGACAUAACCAUCAGUAGGCCACUCAACCGGGAGGACACAAACCAUUACAUCAUCAAAGUGUCCGCCCAUGACUCCGGUUGGACAGUUAGCACGGAUGUCACAAUAUUCAUAACAGAUAUCAACGACAAUGCCCCGAGGUUUAGUCGCCCGUCGUACUACCUGGACUACCCUGAGCUGACAGACGUGGGCUCCUUGGUCACACGGGUGUCAGCCACCGAUCCUGACGAGGGCUUUAAUGGCAAAAUAUUCUACUUUAUUCGCUCUCAGUCUGAGUACUUCAGAAUUAACGCCAGUUCAGGAGAAAUAUUUGUGAAGCAGCAGUUGAGGUAUCAGAAUUCCACGGGUGCUAGUAGCCUGAACAUCAACCGCCACAGUUUCAUUGUCACAGCCUCAGACCGAGGGCUCAAGCCUUUGAUGAGUGAGACAACAGUCAUUGUGAACAUUGUAGACAGUAACGAUAAUCCUCCAGAGUUCGAUUUCCCGAGCUACUUUACUCCUGUCACAAAAAGUGUCAAGGUUGGUACCAGACUGGUGAGGGUCGUAGCUCACGACAAAAAAGACUUUGGCCUCAACUCUGAGGUUGAGUACUUGGUUACAGGAGGUAAUAGUUCGAGUAAAUUUAAAUUAGAUAAAAUGAACGGGUGGAUAAGUGUUGCGUCGCCUCUCCAGUCUGACAUAAAUAAGCUUUUCCUUAUGGUUAUCACAGCCAGCGACAAAGGAAACCCACCUUUGUCAGCAGAAACUGCAGUGCGAAUUGCGGUGACUGAGGAAAACCACCACACGCCUGAGUUCUCACAAAGCCAAAUCUCAGCAACAGUGCCUGAAAGUCUUGUUGUGGGGACAGCAAUAAGGACUCUAUCAGCCAGAGACAAGGAUAAAGAUAUGAACGGCCUCAUCAAGUACAAUAUCACAUCAGGCAACCACAAGGGGCUGUUUGCACUUAAUAACAAAACUGGCGUGUUAUUGCUAGCUCAGCCUUUGGAUUUCGAGGCGCAGCAACAACACGAGCUUAGAGUUUCUGCCACCGAUGGUGGUUGGAUUGCAAAAAGCAGCUAUGUGACUGUCAUAAUUCAUGUGACUGAUGUGAACGACAACCCUCCAAUGUUUAAUCCAGAUGAGUACUUCCCCAUUGUUCAGGAGAACGUUCCGAGUGGCACCACUGUGGUGAAAAUGAACGCCACUGACAAGGAUUCAGGCGUUAACGCAGUCAUGGCCUACGUAAUACAAUCAUCAGACAGUGACCUCUUUGUUAUUGAUCCCAACACGGGGAUCAUUACCACACAGGGAUUCUUGGACUAUGAGGCUAAGCAGGUCUACCAUCUCACAGUUAAGGCUUUUAACGUUCCUGACGAGGAGCGCUGCAGCUUUGCCAACGUCAACAUCCAGCUAAAGGGAGCCAACGAAUACGUGCCCCGCUUUGUCUCCAAAGAAUACUAUUUUGAAAUAUCCGAAGCUGCUCCAAAAGGCACAGUGGUCGGAGAAGUUUUUGCCAGUGAUCGUGACCAAGGUGAGGAUGGAGUGGUUUACUACCUCAUUUUUGGGAAAAGCAGGAAGAAAGGCUUUGGGAUCAACAAGAAAACGGGCCAAAUUUAUGUCACGGGUGUGCUGGACCGUGAGAAGGAGGAGAAGAUUUCACUUAAAGUGUUGGCCAAAAAUGCUGGCGCAAUUCUCGGGGCCGAUAUCGAUGAGGUUUAUGUCAACAUCACAAUCCUCGAUGCCAACGAUCCUCCUGUCUUUUCCCAGGAGCUGUACGACGUACAGGUUAGUGAAGGUCUCUCGCCAGGUGGUCUGGUUACCUUUGUGAGUGCCGAGGACUCAGACUCCGUACCAAGCUGGAGCAGAUUUUCAUACUCUGUUGCACCAGACUUUGAUAACAAGGUUUUCACGAUGAAUCCAAAGACUGGCCAAGUGUCUGUCGCAGCAGUGCUAGACAGAGAAACAACUCCUGUGUAUAAUCUGACCCUGCUGGCUGUGGAUACUGGCACACCUCCUUCUACAGGAAGCGCCACGCUGAUUGUGAACCUGGAAGAUAUCAAUGAUAACGGUCCAAGCUUGACAACCACGUAUGCUGAGGUGAUGGAGAACCAGAAGUCUGGCACAGCUGUCACUAUAUUAACAGCUUCCGAUCCAGAUUUACCGCCCAAUCAAGGACCUUACAUAUACAGCCUCCUCAGUUCUGGCUCUGCCAACAGUUAUUUCCACCUAAGUCCAGCUGGAGCGCUAACCACAAGUCGGGAGAUUGACAGAGAACAGAUUAGUGACUUCUAUCUCUCCGUGGUGAUCAAGGACUCUGGUGUACCUCAAAUGUCCUCCACAGGAACCAUUCACGUCAAAAUAAAUGACCAGAAUGACAACCCCUCAGAGCCGAGGUCAGUGGAAAUCUUUGUUCACUAUUUCGGAAAUAUAUUUUCUGGCGGUUCUUUGGGAAAUGUAAAACCCCAAGACCCUGACAUUCAAGAUAGGUUCCACUGUUCCCUAAUUCCAGCUUCCUCUGCUCUCUUUAACAUUCCUACUGGAACUUGUAAACUUAACUCAAAAGCACGUUCAACAGAUGGAAACUUUGAAUUAACUGUACGAAGCAGUGACGGCGUCCACGGUCCAGUCAGCAACACAGCCAGAGUCCUCUUCAUGGGCUUCACAAAUGCCACAGUAGAUAACAGCAUUCUGAUCCGUCUCCAAUCUCAUGGCGUCAAAAACUUCCUCACCAACCACUACCUCAGCUUCUUACGCAUUUCCAACUCACAGCUGGCAGGACUCGGCACCGGAGUCCUGCUUUACGGCGUGUUUGAGCUCAACAACCAGACUUUCGUGAUGGCAGCUAUUAAACGGGGCCACGGGCAGUACGUGAACCCCAGUGGUGUAGCCACCUUCUUUCAAAGCAUUAAAGACAUUUUGAAUAGACAGAGUGGAGUGCUAAUAGAUGCCGUGGACCACGAUCCCUGCACGCAUAACCCAUGCCAGUACGGGGGCAGCUGCAAGAGGCAUCUCACAGUUGGACCCGAUAUGAAGACAGAAGAAAGUGCCCCUGUAAUCCUUGUUGCCAACCACCCCUUCCAGCCGUACGCUUGCAGCUGCAGGCCAGGAUACGCCGGAGCUGUGUGUGAGACCGACAUCGACGAGUGCCAGCCAUCUCCUUGCCACAAUGGCGGCACCUGCCACAACCUGGUGGGGGGUUUCUCCUGCACCUGUCCUGAUGGUUUCACCGGCAUGGCCUGCGAGAGGGACAUCAACGAAUGCCAUUCCAAUCCUUGCAAGAACGGGGCGCUGUGCCAGAACUUCCCCGGCGGCUUCAACUGCCUCUGCAAAUCCGGAUUUGCAGGCAAAACAUGUGAUUCCAUCAUCAAUCACUGUGAGUGUAACCCAUGUUUUAAUGGCGGGUCCUGUCAGAACCGGGUGGAUGGAUAUUACUGUCAUUGCCCAUUUGGGGUCUUCGGCAAACAUUGCGAACUGAACAGCUAUGGCUUCGAGGAGCUGUCCUACAUGGAGUUCCCAUCCCUGGACCCCAACAACAACUACAUCUACGUCAAGUUUGCUACCCUGAAGAACGACGCCUUGCUCAUGUACAACCACGACAACCAGACCGGAGACAAGGCGGAGUUUUUGGCCCUGGAGAUCUUCGAGGGACGGAUGCGCUUCUCCUUCAACUUGGGAAGUGGAACGUACACAUUGAUGACUAUGAUUAAAGUGUCGGACGGCCAUUUCCACACGGUCAUCGCCAGGAGAGCCGGCAUGGCGGCGUCGCUGACGGUGGAUCUGUGCGGAGAAAACCAGGAAGCAGGCUACUGUGCCGUCAGCAACGUGGCCGUGCACACCGACUGGAUUCUGGACGUGCAGCCCAACGGUCUGUGGGUGGGCGGCGUGGGGUCCUUGGAGUCCCUCCUCCAUGGCCGCGGUCAGGUGGUGUCCCACGACUUUGUGGGCUGCAUCAUGGAGCUGGCCGUCAAUGGCCGCCCGCUGGAGCCCAGUCAGGCGCUGGCAUCGCGUGGCAUCCUUGACAGAUGUCCCAGACUGGAGGGGGCGUGCACGGCCAGCCCCUGCAGACACGGGGGCACCUGUGUGGACCGCUGGUCGUGGCAGCAGUGCCAGUGUGUGGACGGCUUCACGGGCAAAUACUGCGACAAAUACAUGACGGUGGACACGGCCUUGUCGCUGGAUGGCAGCGGGCGCCUGGACUACUCCCUCAAGCAGAGCCCCAAGCGAGACGCCCUGCUGAGCCGCUGGCUGCAGGACUCUGACGCUGACGCCAACACUCCUGCACGUCUGGAGGUGAAGUUCAGGACUCGUGCAAAGAGCGGAACUCUGCUGCACGUCCAGGAGGGAAGCAACUACACCACCGUCAAGCUGAGGAAGGGCAACAUCCACUACGUGUCGGAGGCGGGUGCAGGUGGCAAGGUGGAGCGCAGCGUGGGUGAGGUGGUGAUGUCAGACGGUCAGUGGCACGUCUUGCUGCUGCUCAGGAACUGCACCACCACUCUGCUGCUGCUGGACCACACCCACGCUCGCCUCAUACACCACCACACACACCACUUUGGAGGGCUGCACGUCUCCACCUUGUCCCUGGGUGGAGUCCCGGGUGGAGCCGCCGCAGGUUUCGACGGCUGCUUGGCCUUCGUGAAAUACAACAACCACAACCUGCCGUUUGCCGGAGAACACCAUCUUGUCACCUUAACGCGGACAAGUCCGUCAGUGAAGAUGGGCUGCAGGGGUCCUGACCUGUGCGGGAGCGCCCCCUGCUGGGACGGCCUGAUGUGCAUCAACCAGUGGUACGCCUACCAGUGUGUGCCACCAGGCGACUGCACCUCCAACCCCUGUCAGAACCACGGGAGCUGCGUGCCCGAGCCCCAUUCCGGUUACUCCUGCGCCUGCUCCCAGUUCUACACCGGCAAGACCUGCGAGACCCUGGUGGCGUGUUUGGGUGUGCAGUGCCCACAAGGAACCUCCUGCAAGACGGCCAACAACGGCGGCUUCAUCUGCAGUCCAAACCCCGUGACGGAGGCCAUGGUUCUGCCUAUUUGGGCGGUGCCCGCCAUGGUGGGGAGCUGUGCCACCCUGCUGGCCUUGGUGGUGCUCGGCCUGAUCCUGUGCAACCACUGCAGAGGCCGCAACAACACCAAAGUGCCAAAGGAGCCCAAGGACAAGAAACCCAAGGAGAAAAAGAAAAAGAAGAAGAAAGGCAGCGAAAAUGUGGCCUUUGAUGACCCAGACAACAUCCCGCCUUACGGAGACGACAUGACGGUGCGCAAGCAACCGGAAGGUAAUCCAAAGCCGGACAUCAUCGAGAGGGAGAACCCUUACCUGAUCUACGAUGAAUCCGACAUCCCUCACAACAACGAGGCCAUCCCCAGUGCCCCGUGCGCCCCCUGUAGUGGUCAGGAGGCGGACAUGGAGCACUACGACAUCGACAACGCCAGCAGCAUCGCUCCGUCUGACGCCGACAUCAUUCAGCACUACAAGCACUUCCGCAGCCACACGCCUAAAUUCUCCAUCCAGAGACACAGUCCGCUGGGCUUUGCCCGCCAGUCGCCCUUGCCCCUGGGCGCCACCAGCUACACCUACCAGCCGCAGUACCAACAAGCACUUAGAUCCACCCCCCUAAGCCACUCCCACUCGGCUUGCCCCACCCCCAACCCUCUUUCCAGGCACUCGCCGGCCCCCUUCGCCAAGCCCUCCUCCUCCUUUUACAGAAACACUCCCACCAGGGAGCUCAACCUGGCCCGCCGCGAGGGCAGCCCCAACGACAUGUGCCAGCCACCGCCCAUGUUCAACUACGCCACCCGGCUGGGCAGACGCAGUAAGAGCCCGCAGGCCAUGGCCGGCCACGUGUCUCGCCCCGGCAGCCGGCUGAAGCAGCCCGUGGAGCAGAUCCCCUUGGAGACGGGACCCCCCGUGGGGCUCUCCAUCGAGGAGGUGGAGCGGCUCAACAACCCGCGCCCUCGCAACCCCAGCAUCUGCAGCGCCGACCACGGCCGCUCCAGCUCGGAAGAGGACUGCCGCCGGCCGCUCUCGCGCGUCCGCAACCCCGCCGACGGCAUCCCCGCACCGGAGUCGUCCUCAGAGAGCGACUCGCACGACUCCUUCACCUGCUCCGAGAUGGAGUACGACCGGGACAAGCCCGUCUGUUACGGCGCCCGCGUCCCCAAACUAUCGCAAGUCAACGAGUCGGACGCGGACGACGAGGAUUACGGCGGCAGACUCAAGCAGAGGCGGUACUCCAGCCGGCGGGCGGAGGGAAGUCCCGGCGUGGCUCAAUUCCCCCCCGGCGAGCAGCACAACACCCUGCCUCACAAAGUAGGGCCUCCGGGCGGGGGCUUCAACUGGGACCACCUCCUAAGCUGGGGUCCCGGGUUCGGACAUUACGUGGACGUGUUCAAGGACUUGGCCAUGCUGCCUGAGGACGCGGCGGCGAGAGACAUUGAGAUGAAAAGUGGCGAUGGCUCUGUAACUAUUCUCACCGAAGGAGAAGCCGAACAAUACGUGUGAGGAGGAUAUUUAUUUGGCUGGGUGGGAGCUUCUGAAUAACAGACGACUUGAAUGCAGUAAGGCGGCGCCUUGCGAGACCUCCAAGCUUGCCAGCCUUUGGAAACCAACAUGGCCGCUGCCUCAACUCUUCUGUGCUGAUGAAUUCCUGGCCUGCACCAUCGCUCCAAGAGCGAGGAUGGAGCACGCCGCCUGCCUUACGGACAUUUGAGGAUGGCAGCAUGGAGGCGCGGGGUCAACAUUGCUCACGUGAAGGACCAGAGGACAAAAGAAAGACUGAAUGUGUGUAUAUUGUUGUUGAAAGCCUCAUUUGUCAUCCACGUCCUGGUCCUGGUCCUUCGCCCUCCUUUUUUCUACCUUUUAUUAACUUAAAACUACUUAAGCUGUCUUUUUAUUCAUAUUUUUCACAAGCCGAAAAGCAAACGUGUUCUUACUUUCGGGGAAAGUAAGGGUUUAAAAAAGCCUAUUUUGUGACAUCUGUUACAUGCGUCGUGUAACGUCCCCAUUUUCCACUUUUUUAUAAAACUAUAACAUAUAACAUGUUGUAUGCUUUGUACCUGUAAAAAGACAA